UCCCUAUUGGUCAGAAUAGAUGGUAGUCAUCUACUACCUGUUGGUGCCCCGGACCCUGCAUUCACUAUAUCUGGUCUCCCCGGACCCUGCAUUCACUAUAUCUAGUCUCCCCGGGCCCUGCAUUCACUAUAUCUGGUCUCCCCGGGCCCUGACCCUGACCCUGCAUUCACUAUAUUCUAGUUUCCACCGGACCCUGCAUUCACUAUAUCUGGUCUCCCCGGGCCCUGCAUUCACUAUAUCUGGUCUCCCAGGACCCUGCAUUCACUAUAUCAGGUCUCCCCGGACCCUGCAUUCACUAUAUCUGGUCUCCCCGGACCCUGCAUUCACUAUAUCUGGUCUUAGCGGACCCUGCAUUCACUAUAUCUGGUCUCCCACAGUACACACACAAUAUGGAAAUGCAAUUAUUUAAGCAUAUAUAAACUGCUAAAUACCUUUUCUUAUCAGCAGUAUAUAGCAGUCUUGUGA